AUGAUUAAGCAUCAAAGACUUGAAACUCUUUGCAGAGUACAAAACAAACAUUGCAGAAAAAUGAAAUUCGUUCUGGUCGCCUUGGCUUUUGUGGCAUGCGCCUACGCUGAUGUCUCGGAAUUGGGUUACCGCUAUCCCCAGCCCACUCCAGCUCCAGUGGUUCCUCACUUAGUUGUAGAUCCUCCACCAGCACCAGUAACUCACCAGGUUGUUCAAGAAAUCAAGAAUACUUACCUUCCUCCAGCUCCAGUUACCCCUCAUGUUCAUGUUGUAGAACCACAGGUAUAUCCAGCACCUGUAACUCAACCCAAGAUAACUUACAUUCCCCCAGCCCAAGUAACUCGCCAUGUUCAUGUUGAACAACCCAAGACAACUUACAUUCCCCCAGCACCAGUAACUCGUCAUGUUCAUGUUGAACAACCCCAGAUCAAUCUUCCCCAAACACUAAUUCAGGUUCAACCAGCACCAGUAACUCCACUGAUUGUUCAACAACUCAAGAGGACCUACAUUCCUCCAGCUCCAGUUACCUCUCAUGUUCGUGUUGUAGAACCCCAGAUAUAUCCCCCAGCACCUAUUACUCGCCGUGUUCAUGUUGAACAACCCACGACAACUUACAUUCCCCCAGCACCUGUAACUCGCCAUGUUCAUGUUGAACAAACCCCGAUUAAGUAUGUUGUUGAGCCCAAAACCACCUACAUCCCACCUGCACCAGUCCGUGUUGUAGAACCCACAUACACUGAAGACGGUUACCAUUACUAG